CUGUCCUCUCAGUGGUAGCGCCAGGACUAGCUAGAAAGCGGGCUGCGGAGUCUGUCCAGUGUCGACUGGGGGUCCUGCUCGAGCCCGGACGGAGGAGAGCACAUGGGUGAUCAGCACAUGACCUAUUAAAGAGAGAUCUCUAAACAAAGUAAGUGGGAAGAUUUGAUGGAAUCAAGAAUGAUGGAUCCAUGUUCGGUUGGAGUCCAGCUUCGUACCACAAAUGAGUGCCAUAAAACCUACUAUACUCGUCAUACAGGUUUCAAGACUUUGCAAGAAUUGUCAUCAAAUGACAUGCUCUUACUUCAACUUAGAACUGGAAUGACACUGUCUGGGAACAAUACAAUUUGCUUUCAUCACGUAAAAAUUUACAUUGACAGAUUUGAGGAUUUGCAGAAGUCAUGUUGUGACCCAUUUAACAUACACAAAAAACUAGCCAAAAAAAAUUUACAUGUAAUUGACUUAGAUGAUGCCACUUUUCUGAGUGCAAAAUUUGGAAGACAGCUUGUACCUGGUUGGAAGCUUUGUCCAAAGUGUACACAGAUAAUCAAUGGAAGUGUGGAUGUUGAUGCUGAGGACCGCCAGAGAAGAAAACCUGAAUCAGAUGGAAGAACUGCUAAAGCUUUGAGGUCAUUACAGUUUACAAAUCCAGGAAAGCAAACUGAAUUUGCUCCAGAAACUGGUAAAAGAGAAAAAAGAAGGCUCACAAAAAAUGCAACCACUGGUUCAGACAGACAAGUGAUACCAGCGAAGAGUAAGGUGUAUGAUAGCCAGGGUCUCCUGAUUUUCAGUGGGAUGGACCUCUGUGACUGCCUUGAUGAAGACUGCUUAGGAUGUUUCUAUGCUUGUCCUGCCUGUGGUUCUACCAAAUGUGGAGCUGAGUGCCGCUGUGACCGCAAGUGGCUAUAUGAACAAAUCGAAAUUGAAGGAGGAGAAAUAAUUCAUAAUAAACAUGCUGGAUAAUUUGUAGUAUCAAACCAUGGGAUCUUUAAAGGUCCUCUCUCUAUUUCUAAUAUUCUGUCAUUUAAAAUACAUUGUAAGCUUGAUUGCCAAAUGACAACAAUUUGAAAACCACCUCAAUAUCCACUCAGCGUGCACUACUUUGCAUUUUGAGUGCUUUAAAAUUCAUUAUUUGGUAGGCAGUUAAGAUGGGCUAUUUCUCAGAAGUCAGCAUUAAGACAGUCUGGGCCUGUGUAAACAAUUAGGGUAUAUAGGCAGUCCUUGAUUUGCAUGGUUUCUAUAGGCAAAAAUUUCAGUGACCAUGACUUAAAGAAUAUCAGUCUCCAAACAGCAUGAUUCAAAUUUCACUUACUACAGUAUAUUAGAUGUGAGUAACUGCAUGAAGUGCAAAUUUCUCUGCUAGCUCUUUAGUCCACAGAUCACUAUGUAACAGCUGUGCUUCAUGAUCAGUGACCAAUCGUGUUACUUCUUUCAAAUUCUGCCAGUGGUUGGUCCGUGUGCAUCUGUUACUUGAUUCACUCAUAGCAAAGUUUGUGGUCUCCUAGUCACCCACUUGACAUUUUACAAAAGUGGACAAUUGAAAGAGCCAACAAAAA